ACAGCUCAUCAAACACUCCUUGACUCUUCUCUCUAAAAGCGGAGACUCAGUCAAAUUCAAACAUCACUGGGCAGUCUCUCUCCCCUUUUAACCUUUUGUUAAGAGAUUACGUCACUUUCUAUAAUAAAUGAUACCCUCGUUGUAAAAAAAUUUAGCAUAUUUUAUCAAAGAUAUGUCCCCGAGACCAGAGAAUGCUGGUCAUGCCGGCGUGAGCGGAGUAGGAAAGAUUAAGGAGGUGCACUAUAGGGGAGUGAGGAAGAGGCCAUGGGGGAGAUAUGCUGCCGAGAUCCGUGACCCGGGAAAGAAAACACGGGUUUGGCUCGGAACCUUUGACACGGCAGAGGAAGCAGCUCGAGCCUACGACUCAGCCGCGAGAGAGUUCCGUGGUUCCAAAGCAACAACCAACUUCCCUUUCAGCGGCGGCGACGGCGGCGGGAAUGCUUUGGGGACCCAUGUGACGGCGCGUGAGGGAGUUUGUGGAAAUAAUGCGGUUAAUGGAUUUUUCUUAGAUCUCCCCCAUGCUACUGCGUCGAGAGAGGAGCUGUUCGAGGUUUACCAGUCCGGUUUGAGCCAAUCGAAAUGGGGUUGAGUAUAGGUCAUAAAACCACCGAUCUGAAUCUAGACCUUAGCUUAGCACCAUCGAUGGACGUUUAGGUUUAAUUUUAUUUUUGUACUCAAGCUUAAUUUUUAAUUGAGAAAUUUAACAAGAUUAUCCUUUUUCAGUUUGUCUUGAAGAAAUACAUUUUGUCAUUUCUUUGUUGUGUCUGUACUCCUAUUGGUAGAUUUUCUAUUUCUACUGUACUUCGCUUUUAUAUCAUUUGUU